AUGAUCCUAAGGUUAACAAUCGGGGCCGUGGUGUUGGCUACGCUGACCCAUGCCCAAUUCGACGCAUCGCAGUGCGGCCAGACGAAGGGAUGCUUGUUCGCCCCACCUGGCUGUACCCCAUCUACGGAUUGCCAGAUUUAUUUCUCGUAUCAGGUGCAAAACGGGCAAACGAUGCUGAUCGAGAUCUCGGGUCGACCGGCCAAUCCACAGGCCGGCUAUGUGGCCGUGGGAUUCUCGAAGGAUAGCAGCAUGGGUGAUGAUUCGGUCACGGCGUGCGUGACAAAUCAGGGCCAAACAUCCGCCAUUCUCGGGUAUACUGCCGGGAAAUCGCUGCAGAUCAAGCAAUCCUCCGUCCAAACGGCCGUCAACACGGCCAAUCAGAAUGGCUAUGUCGAUUGCGUCGUUCGGAGACAACUUGGAAAUACUGGCGAUAAAGAGAUAUUCGACCUGAACGGGACCUACAUCAUUUUAUUAGCGACGGGGCCGGUUGGAGCGGAUGGAGCCCCCGGCUACCACGGCGAAACGAAAUGGGUGAUGCCCCGAACGGAUGUGGCCAGCUAUGGGACGGACGCGCAGGGGAAUGUCAUCAUGCGCGACUCCAAUGGCCAGACCGGCGGGAGCAAGCAUUCGACGAACGACAAGCUGAAAAUUGCGCAUGUCUUCAUUUUCACCGGCAUCCUCUUCGCCCGCCACUUCCGGGGCCACUGGCCCGACACGACGUUCCUGGGGGUGAAAAUGUGGUUCAACUUCCACCGUACCCUCAACAUGAUCGGCGUCGGCAUGACGAUUGCAGCCUUUGUCCUAAUUUUUGUGGCCAACGACUGGCGAUGGACCGGGCCGAAGGCGUUCGCUACUAAAGAGGAGAACCAAGCUUGGAGCUCGAUUCACUCGAUUCUUGGCCUCCUUGCUUGUGUUGUCGCUUGGGCGCAGCCGCUAAAUGCUGUAUUCAGAUGUGACCACGAUUCGAAGGCUCGCCCCAUCUUCAACAUGAUCCACCGAUUCUUCGGCUUCUCCGCCUGGCUAAUGGCUGUAGCCGCCACCAUGAUCGCCGUCGUGCACUUCAACGGCAUGUUCAGCAACCGUGACGCGGCCCUUGGCCUCUAUAUCGCCUUCGUGGCGGUGGCCGGGUUGACGCUGAUCGUUUUGGAAGUAAUCUGGAUUCGAAACUGGUUCGCGGCACGGCGAGGCGUGAGCAACGAGAUGGAGAUGGUCCGAGUGGGUGCCGGCACUGGCGGGGUGGUGCUGAGGGAGGAUGUGCAGAAAAUCCACCGUCUCCAGAUGGCCAUCCUGCUCCUCUAUCUGGUUUGCGCCAUCGGGCUAGCUGUCGCCAUUUGUGUGCUGAUUGGGCUGAAACCCGGCGACCUGGCA